AUGUGUAACUCUACCCUUAAACUAACUCUUGAUCAAAAUGGAAAAUGUGUUUGUGAUGCUAGCAAUGGAUACGUUGUUGGUGCAACAGGAGCUUGUGUCAAGUACACAGCCAAGUGUCCUAUUGCAUGUGGUUCCAAUGGGGCCUGUCAAUUGUUAACUCCAACAACUUCAGGAUGUGUGUGUAAGAAUGGUUUUAUCACAACCAAUGAAACUAAACCAUGUUCAUCUUGUCCUCAAGGAAAGAUUAAUUCUUCCUCUAAAUGUGUAUGUGAUACAGUCAAUGGAUACACUAUAAAUGGUACUGGUUGUGGCUGUGAUGCUUCUCGUGGAUAUAUUGCUGGUUCUGAUGGACUUUGUUCUUGCAAUGCAAAUCUCAAUUUGGUUACCUAUGGUUCAUCAUGUGUCUGUAAGCUUAACUAUCAUUUAGUUAAUGGAUCUUGUGUUUUAAUUCCUCCAGCUUGUUAUGGUAGUUCGAGUUGUGGAAUCCAUGGACAAUGUAUGUAUGAGGAUGUAAAUAACACUGCCCGUACAAUCUGUCAAUGUGACACUGGAUACACCACUGCCUCUUACAGUACCUCUCUUUGUGUAGACUGUGCUAGAGAUUAUCGUAUGGAUAAAAAUUAUAUCUGUAAAAAGAGCUGUGUGCUCGAUGGUUACAAUGAUGAUUGUACUACCUAUGUUCCUGCUGAUAUUUGUGCUUAUACAAAUCCCCAAACAAUUCCAUUCUGUGGAUUUAAUAUUUACAGGGUAAGACAAAGAAGAUUUUUAAGGCAGAAUUAUACAGGUGAACUUGUUUAUAUUGGAAGGGACAUGGUUAAAGAUUUGGACAAAUCAAUGAUUUAUUAUGAUACAUUGGCUAAAAACAAAACCAGAGAUGCCAUGCUUGAACUUGCCAAAGCAGGAGUAGUUUGUGACAGCAAAUGUAAAGAACAUUUGACUGUCCUGUAUUGUAAAUCAUUGGUACCUAUGUGUGAUGGAACCGAUGCUCCAAUAGAAAGAACAUUUUGUAAGCAAACUUGUAUUGACAUUUGGUCCCAAAAGUUAAAUUACACUGUUAAUUUGGAAUCAAAGUGUGAAGGAUUGUCAGUAGAAGAUUCUUGUGACUCGCGUCCAUAUAUCAACCCUUCAACUCAAUGCUUUGGUGUUCACUAUUUAAAUUCAUCUGUUUGUUCAGGAAGGGGUCAAUGCAUUCAAAAAGAUACUUGUAAUUGUAAUAAUGGAUAUGGAGGAAAAAAUUGUGAACAAUUCGUUUGUUUUAUUUAUAAGGAUACCGAUAUACCAGUUUGUAAUUAUCGUGGAAAGUGCGUUGGACCACACACUUGUGCCUGUAAUGGUCCUUGGACUGGAAGUGAUUGUCAGAUACCUCUCUGUAAUCGUAAAACUGAAAAACAAGGCGGUUGCAAUUUCAAUGGAGUUUGUAAGCUUAUUCUUGGAAGUCCAUCUUGUAUCUGUGCUUCAAGUGGUAAUUGGGCUAAAUCAGAUGUUUCUUGCUCUGUUUGUGCAACUGGAUGGGGAGGACCUGGUUGUAAUGUUCCAGUUUGUAAUGGGGUUAUAUCAACAAGUCCAGAUGUUUGUGGUGGAAGAGGUGGAUGUGAUUCGAUUCGUCUUGCACAACCAUCUUGUACUUGUUUGAAAGGAUAUGAAGGAAACAAUUGCCAAAACUUUAAGUGUAAUGAAAUUGAUAGAAAUAGCACUUCUGUGUGUUCUGGACGUGGUACUUGUGCUGGCUUAAACACUUGUGUUUGUAAGGGUAAUUUCGACCCAGCUAAAUUCUGUUCUGAAUGUACACCGGCCUAUAAUGGAACUGAUUGUACUGAAAGAGUUUGUACUGAAGCAGGUACUUGUAAUGGUAAUGGUAUUUGUAAUUCAAAUGGAAAAUGUGACUGUACUGGAAAUUGGGUUGGUCAAUUUUGUGACAAAUGUUUACCUGGAUUUGUUGGUUCUUCAUGUAAUAUUAAAUGUGAUUGUAAUGGAAGAGGAAGUUGUAACAAUGAUGGAUCAUGUAUCUGUUCUGAAAAUGCAGAAGGUACCAAAUGUGAAACUUGUAAAACAGGAUGGUAUGGUGAUAAGUGUGAUUUCUCAAUUGAUGCUUCUUCAUUUGGAUUUUCAUCAAAUGGUGACUCCAUCUCAGGAACAGUUUAUUCUUCUCUCAAGAGAAAGUUUGAUUGUUCUGAACUAAUUUUGGAAUCUUCAAAGCUAGGUAAAGGAGCAGUGUGCGUUGUUAAUAGUGAUUCAAACUUGAUGACCAUUUCUCUUGGAAGAAAUGCUUCAAUUGUCCUUGAUGAGGUUCUUACAUUCAAGUCAUACUUUAAUUCUUCAUCAACUGUUUCUGUAACAUUUGCUGAAAGAGAUUAUAUACCAACAAAUCCUUCCAUCUCUGUCACUACUGAUAAGACAACAAUUUCAAGAGCUUGUGGUUUCGUCUAUUUGGAUGCCUCUGGCUCCACAUCAACAGAUCGUAGAACAUUGCAAUUCUCUUGGAGUGUUCAGUCUGCACCUUCUCCACUUAAUGGUCUUACUUUAACUAGUUUAAUUACUAAUCAACAAGGGUCUUCAGGAGUCACUAUUAAUUCAAACAGUCUUGGUGUUGGCAGUUAUUCUGUUACAGCAACCAUCACAAGUCCAUUUUCUGGUUUAAGUGCUUCUUCAACUGUCUCAUUCCUGGUUACUGAUUUGACAGCUCCUAUCGUUUCAAUUAAGGAGGGCUCUGAAAGUACAAUGACUAUUGGAAAGAUUUAUUCAAUCAAUCCAAAGAUUACAUUCCCAAGCUGUUAUGGUGGAAAUGGACCAUUUACGUUUACAUAUGCUUUGGAUGUUAGAAAUGUCAUUCCAGUAGUUGUUAAACAAAAGUAUAAUAUUCUCGUCUUCAGUGAAGAUUAUACCAAGAUUACUGAACCAGGCGAUUAUUACUUCACUUUCACUGUUUCUCAAGCUGGAGCAUCAAGUGUGACAGUUCCAUUUAAGGUAACUGCUAAGGCACUUCCUUUGAGCGUUGGAUUCAAUAUUGGUGAUAGAACUCAAUCUGUGGAAACUGAAGUUUCGUUCACCGUUUCCAAGUCUGACCCAAGUAAUCCUUCAGAUAAUUCUGGAACAGUUGUCUUGUCAUGUUUGGAUCUUGACAAUAGUGCAGAUUGUAGCGGAUUUACCUCUGGUGAAGCAAAUAUUGACCAAACUACUUUGAAAUUCUCUAAAUUUAUGGUUCCCGGCCCAUAUCUCUUCACUGCUACAUUUACAAAGGGUUCAAGAAGUAGCUCUGCAAGUAUUAAAGUGACUGUUAUUGAUCAACCAAAGGACACUGUCAUUAGAGUGUCUAUUGCUGCUCCUCCAAAUACUGACUUGACAGCUGUUGAUCCAUCUUCUGAUUUCAUAUUACAAGCUUAUUCAUCAGAUGUUCUGUCAACUGACAGAGUUUACACAUGGUCAUCACCUGACCUUGAUAUGUCUGGAAUUGUUACCAGUAACAAGUACAUUCUUCUUCCAAAGAUCUUACUUGUUCCAGGUACUUUCCAUAUUAUUAACCUUAAUGUAGUAGAUGAUCAAAGAUCUGGUGAAGCAACUAUUUCAUUUACAAUCAACUCUCCACCAACAGUUGGUAUUUUGGAAGUUUCUCCUGCUACAGGUGUUGCUUUACAAGACGAUUUCCAAAUCAAGUGUGGUAAUGGUUGGUAUGAUACUCAACUUCCUUUGAUGUAUGAAUUCAAAUACAGAGUGGUAGGAGAUUCAACUUGGAAGGUUUUGUCAGAAAUGUCUGAAAAGAAAUCAAUCACUUCUCAAUUACCAGCUGGUAAAAUUGAAAUCAAGACAAUUGUUUAUGAUUCUCUUUCUGCCUCCUCUGAAACUACAACUCUUGUUACUGUUACUGUCCCUUCCCUUAGUGAAGCCAUUGCUGCUUUGAAUGUUUCUCAAAUGGGUACAGUUUCAGUUGCUUCAGUUUCAUCUGCAUUGAGUUUAGUAAGUGAAAUUACUGUUUCCACUCCAGAACAAAAACAAGCCCUAGCACAAGCUAAUAAGGCUCUUGUAGACAAAUUCUUUGAACAACAAGACGUACAAUCUCAAAUCGUUUCUGAAACUUCUCAAUCUGCCAGUUCAAAAGUUUCUGUUAUUUCUUCCAUUAGUAAUUGUUUAGGAAACUUCCCAGAUGAAACCAUUUCCAAGGUUAUUGAUCAGUUCUCUUCAACUAUCUCAUCAGCUUCUUCUUCAUCUAAUGUUAAUAUGAAGACAGAUGAUAUUCAAAACUCCAAGGAAGCUGCUUUGAACCUCAAGAGCUAUGUUUCAAAUGCCAUUUCAAAGAGAGCAGUAACUACUCUUACUGUCAAGGAUUUGGCAAAGAUUGAUGGCAUCUAUAGCAAUAUUGUUAAUGUCGAACUUAAGAGUGCAGUUGCUGAUAUGCCAGCUGUCAGAAGUACUGGUGUUGAUUCAUCUAUUUAUGCCAGACUUGUCAGUAUUUCAACCCUUAGUGGUUUGUCUGGUUUUGUUGAUGAUACAAGCUUUUCUUCAUCCUAUUUUGAAAUGAAGAAUGUUUUCAGCUCUAUGAAGAGAUUUGAAAAUGUUGACAGUGUUAAAAUUGUCACAAAGGUUUACAAGUUGACCAACUCAACAUUGAAAGCAAUCAGUAAGGUGAUUGACUUUGUCAUUACUGAAAAUGAUAACAACCUUUCCUUUGCAUCUGAAAAUAUCACUCUUGCCACAAUCAAGAUUGAAAAAGUCAAAACAGCAAGAACCUCAUUCACACAAACACAAAUUUCAUGUUAUUCAGUUCAAAACAAUGUCUAUUCCAUCUCGCCAAAUUGUAAAGUUGUUAGCACCAAUAGUGCAACUGCAGAUAUUUCUGUUACUAACACUGGUUCCUAUGUUGUUGCUGAAGUCACUGUGGACAGCCCAAUUACUCCAACAAAUUCCACGCCGAAACCAACAGAAUCGAAUAAUAAUAACAUUGUCACUCCAAUUCCUGGUGUUAAUCAAUCAGACUCCAACUUGUAUUACAUCAUUUUUGUUCUGGCCAUAAUACCUAUUGUGUUAUUGAUAAUUGUUGGUAUAUUGGUUUGUAUUUGUUGUAUGAUCAAGAAGAAGAAGAAAAGACCAAGCCCAGGUCCAAGAGAUAUCGAACUAACUGCUUAA